AUGAUACCUGAACAGAUCACAUCAUUAUCUGAAUUAUCAUCUCAUAUACCAAUAUCAACUUCAAUUCUACCUAGUACAACACAUACUACUGAGUUGACGAUUGAUAGGACAACAGAACUUCUCAAACUUAUACAGACAGCUUCUAAUGGUCAAAACAUACUCAAGCUAAAUUGGAUGAACUUUCAAAGUUCAAAUGAGUUGCAAGAGUAUACAGAACAUAAAAAUAAAGUUGAUGAAUACGCUAGUAGUAAUCAAGGUGAUUUCGUUAAUAUUCAAAGUGAAUUAAAUGUCGGCCUGAAAGAUUUCAUCAAUCAAUUACAACCAUAUCAGCAAACAGGGAUGGAAAGUCAUAAUUGCGCAACUGACAACUCAGAGAUCAUUAGUACGUCUGAAUCUAACAAAUCAGUUACCAUGAUUCAUGAUAGUAGUGAGGUCAGUACAUGGAAUCCAUCUAAAUUAUACCAAUUAUGCAAUGAAAUAAAACAGUAUCAAGAGUAUCCUGAUGUUGACAGCAGAUUAUCAACUGAUCUAAUAUUGCUUUUAAAUACAUUGAAUGAUUCGGCUUCGUCAAUUGUUGCAUCAGUAAAAUUAGGCCCUAAGAACAGCAUUAAUAAUGAUAAUAACAACCGACCUAAUUAUGAAGGAUACAAUAUGAUAAAAACUAACAAUUUUGCAAACAUUGAAUGUUUUAAUAAAAAUGACUUAUUGAAUAUAACAAAUAAUGAACGAUCUCAAAUGCAAUCAACAAAUAGAAUCUCCAACAAUAACAAUGAACUUUUAUUUACGGAAUCACAAGAAAAACUCACAAGUGAUCUUUUCAAGUCUAAUGAUAACAUCAAUUCUUUGGGAAUCCAGCAUGAAAUUCAACAACAGCAACCACAAUCUAAAUUAUAUGAUAAUUCUAAUAAAAGGCCAGUAUUACACUGGGCUAAACUUGGUGUACCACAACCUGCCAGUCCUACCAGAUAUUCAGCUCCAGUACAUAUAGAUGUUGGUGGUACACUAUAUACAUCUUCAUUAAAAGCUUUAACAAAGUACCCAAACUCAAUUUUAGGCAAAAUGUUCAACGGGACAAUACCAAUUGUAUUAGAUACAAUGAAACAACAUUAUUUUAUAGAUCGUGAUGGGGUAUUAUUUAGACAUGUGCUCAAUUUUCUACGUACUAAUAAAGUUAACUUAGAUCCUAAUUUUACAGAAUUUGAUCAGUUAGUGGAAGAAGCAACUUUUUAUGGGUUAGAUGAAAUGGUUAAUCAACUCAAACAAAUCAAAACUGAACUGAAGAGGAAAGAAACAAAUAAUAGGAAGUGUGUUCAUGACGAAGAAAAUCACGAGACAGACAUGCCAUUUCCUCCCAAAAAACAGUUGAAAAUUGAUACUGCACAAAAGUCGGAGAUUAGUGAUAUAUGUUCUGAUUCAAUCGUAAACACUACGAUAGAAAACUCCACUCUUCCAGAAUAUAUAGCUAACAGUUCACCUUCACAUCAAAAAAGCCGGUUUGGAAACACCUUGCCAUCGAAUAAAGUAACACAAAGUAAAUGUUUCUUUAUAUUAAUAGAGAUUGACAAGAUUUCACCACAUCAAGGGAGAAUGAUCUUUUCAAAAUGCAAUAAUCUAAGAUUAUCAGAAUGUUUUAAUGAUUUAAAUAAUUAUUUCGCUAAUUAUCCACCUAAUUCUUAUCAAAUAACAGAAUAUGACAAUCAUUCUGAAAUAACAUGGUUUAUGAUGUCAACAUACAAUCAACUUAAACUAUGGGAAUUAUUAUUAAAUCACAACUGUGAACUGACUAUUCAAUAUCAAAUAAAAAAAGCCGAUAGAAAUUGUAAUAUAUGUUUAUUUAGAUCAAAGUAG